CCUGCCUCCGUAAGGGUGUCGAUUCUGAAGCAGGGGAACAUACAGAGGAAAAAACAGAGAUUCCGUAUUUAUACACGCAAAAAAACAAAACAACAAAAAACAAACGGAUGUGCUUCAGAAAACGGAACGGCUACCGGCCUCCAGACCAUUUUAAUGCCAAAAUUGAGAGGUCCGCGGCCUGCGGGGGGAUGACAUGCAUGUGUCCAGGCUUUUAACAUCGUUGAGGAUUAUAAGACUAGUUGGCUGCCCUCCGCCGAGCCAUGAUGGACAUUCUGUACACAGGCCCUGUCCCGGCAGACCGCGAGUCUCCGAUGGCGCGGAGCGAGACGUCCCCGAGCCGGGCGCAGCACUCCUCCCCCACACAACGCCCCAACGCCUGCUGCUUCUGCUGGUGCUGCUGCUGUAGCUGCUCAUGGAGAGAAGAUGAGAACCGUGGUAGGAUGAAAGUCCAGGAGACUAAGCUGGAGACCAUACCAAACUGUGAAGCUUGCACCAAACCGACAUUGGAAGAGAUGAAGCAGUGGGCUCAGUCUUUCGAUAAGCUGAUGAAGAACCCGGCGGGGCGGAAUGUGUUCCGUGAGUUUUUGAGGACAGAGUACAGUGAAGAGAACAUGCUCUUCUGGCUGGCCUGUGAAGACCUGAAGAAAGAGAUCAACAAGAGUGCCAUAGACGAGAAGGCGCGGAUGAUCUACGAAGACUACAUCUCUAUACUUUCGCCUAAAGAGGUGAGUUUGGAUUCACGGGUGCGGGAGGUGAUCAACAAGAAGAUGCAGGAACCAACUCCACACACGUUCGAGGACGCACAGCUGCAGAUCUACACACUCAUGCACAGAGACUCCUACCCACGCUUCCUCAACUCGGCCAUCUACAGAUCGCUGGUGCACGGGGGCUCACGUUCCUCCUCUGAGUCCUAGAGCCAGCCCACCCCACCCCACCCCAUACUCAAAAACCACUCACACGCUCACACACCGACCACCACACCCACACAUCAACCAACCUACUGACCUCCUUCACCGGAGUAUCGCUCUCUCUCUUACUUACUUUCUCUCUCUCUUUCUUUCUGCUCAUCCCUCUAUCCCUGCACACCUCCUUCCAUCGCACAACCACUAAAGAAUAGAGGAGAACCUAGAAGAACCUAUGCGCUGGUUUUAAUGGGAUUUUUAACCUUCGUCUUUUCAUCCCUCGUCCUGGUUGGAUUACUUUAUUUUUUAUUUUAUUUUUAUUUUUUUAUUCUUUUUUGUUUCCCAUGUGCUACACCUCCUGUCUAUCGUCUCGGAGGGAAAAAAUCCUCCUUAAUCCUCCGGAAACUUCUGAACCUGCACAGACUGAAACUGGAAGACACAGGGUUGACGAAGCAGCCUCUCUCUCUCUCUCUCUCUCUCUCUUUUUCCUGUCUUUUUUCUCUCUCUCUCUCUCUCUCUCUCUCUCUGUCUUUCUCUCUUUGGCCCAUAAUUUCAAUGUGGCUUUCAACUACAGGCCACAACAGCAACGACUACUGAUUUUUCUGAUCUUUAUAGCCUUUUUUUUUUUUUUUUACUUUUUCCUCUUUUUUUUCGUACUUCUAUGCGUACGAACACUUUUUUUUUUCAUCCUGAACAUCCUCCUGUCAUCACGAGUCGACCAGAGACGAGAGAGAGCCUCUGCAAUAAGACACACUGGAGUCCACUUUCUCUGCUCCGCUCUGCUCCUGGCUGGCUCGCCAAUCGCCCGUCAUCUUUUGACCUCUCCACUGUCUCUCUUCUCUGAUUGGCUCACUCUCUUGAGGCGAGGUGUUGAGGUGCUGGUUGGAUGGUUGAUUUUUUUUUCUGUUUUUUUAUUUUUUUAUUAUAUUAUUAUUUUUAAUAGGAGGGGCUAAAUGUUUCCCAGGUGCAAAAAAACAAAACAAAACAAAAAAAAACAGAUGAAAAUCAUAAAAAUCAUUACAGAUUAUAUAGAAUGCUAACAUAUUUCUAACGACUGCUAUCGGAGAGGAGGAGGACGAUGACAGAUAGAUGUAGUCGUAAAUGUGAGGAAAGUGAGAGGGAGGAGAAGAUGCCUAGGUCUUAAUUAGACUGGUCACUCAAGUACAUUUGAAAUUGAGUAUAUUGUUAAUAUUAUUUAUUUUUUAGUUUUGUUUAAAGUGUUCUUUUUGUUGUCGUUGUUGUUCUUGUACAUACGUAAGCCUAGCAAGAGGUCAUGAGCGUGUGUGUGUGUGUGUGUGUGUGUGUGUGAGAGAGAGUAUGUUUUUGCGUAAAACUGGUACGCAAACCUCAGCCGCCUCUGUUACAUCUUCACUUAUUAUUAUUAUUAUUAUUAUUAUUAUUAUUAUUAUUAUUAUUAUUAUUAUUAUUAUUUUCUUUAUUAAUUUGAAGCCAAGAGCUUAAUGUGUCAGAACAUAAAACCCGAGUAAAAAUACUGCAAACUGCAUUACUAUAAUAAACUAUAAUAACCCUGCAACCAGUUCGAAUAGACUUUUAUAGAUUAAAUAGUUUGACAUUUUGACAUUUAAACUCCUUUAUUAAGAUGAAUCAGAUCUGAACAUUUUUUGGACUAUUAGCAGAUAUAAAAAAAUAUAUAUACAGCUCUGGAAAAAGUAAGAGACCACUUCAGUUCUAUGAUUUUGCUUUUUAUAGAUUUAUGUUUGAGUAAAAUGAACAUUGUUGUUUUAUUCUAUAAACUACGGACAACAUUUCUCCCAAAUUCCAAAUAAAAAUAUCGUCAUUUAGAGCGUUUAGAAAUGGAUGAAAUAACAAAAAAAGAUGCAGAGCUUUCAGACCUCAAAUAAUGCAAAGAAAACAAGUUCAUAUUCAUAAAGUUUUAAGAGUUCAGAAAUCAAUAUUUGUUGGAAUAACCCUGGUUUUUAGUCACAGUUUUCAUACAUCUUGGCAUGUUCUCCUCCACCAGUCUUACACACUGCUUUUAGAUAACUUUAUGCCUGCACUCCUGGUGCAAAAAAUGCAAGCAGUUCAGUUUGGUUUGAUGGCUUGUGAUCAUCCAUCUUCCUCUUGAUUAUAUUCCAGAGGUUUUUAAUUUGGUAAAAUCAAAGAAACUCAUCGUUUUAAGUGGUCUCUUAAUUUUUUGCCAAAAUGUUUCACUGUUUUGUUAAACUGGAGAAAGAAAGAAUUGUAGCAAAAGUGCUGGUUUGCUUUAAGAGACUUAAAUUGAACUUUUUUGCGCUGUAGGCAUGAACAUACUGUACAGAUCUGCCAUGCUAAUACACAAACACACACAAACACACACACGCACACACACACUCACGCCACCCUGACCACUGUUAUGUAUUGCGCUGAUAUUGAUGGUACUGUAUGUUUUGACGAUAAUCAGAUCAUUAUGAUAUAAUCAUGACAGGCCUCUGAAAUACAAGCUGUAGCCUAGUUUGGCCUUGUGCGUGUGUGUGUGUGUGUGUGUGUGUGUGGGUUGCAGUAUGAUUUUGCUUCCUAGUCCCUUCCCAGUUACUCUUGACAUAAAGGAAUAGUUAAGUAAUAAGUAACAUUACUGUUGCUAAGAGUGAAUGAAAGCAAACAGACACAAAAUAGCAUAUAGAUAUAUUCCUUUUUAGCCACGUUAGCAUGUGUGCUAAUCCAGCUGCUCCUUUAAUCCAGUGGAUCGCAAACCAGUCCAGUGCAGCUCACACAGCGUUCAUAGGAUACACUAUAAAUGUGCUCCAUCCCGAUGUACCUAAAGACCGGUUUGAGGAACGUCUAUAAAGCAGGCAUGUAAUAAUGCGCCAUAAACUACUACUGUAACAUUUGAAGAUGAGCAGUUUACUGUACAUUACUUUGAAUCAUACGUUACUAUUGCUUGUCUUCAAACUCGAGCCCUGAAUGAAAAACACAAGCUUUCAAUGAAACGCUCGAGGUGGGACUUCUCACAUUGUUUGUCUUUUUUCUUUUGCUGUUUUUUUUCCUCUUAAAGCUCAGUCAGAAAUUGCUUGAUUUGGAAGCGUUUUUUUUUAAACUGCUUGAACCUCAAUCCUUCAGAAACAGUGACUGAAUUAUUUAGACUUUACUGGCAAAACAAUGCUAAAAAAAUAAAAGAUUGUUUUUGUAAUGAUCAUUGAUAAUUUGAAAUUUUAAAUGUAAAAAUGUAUGGAUCUGAAAUUUAACAUCUGAAAAAAAAUAUUUUGCAUCUGAAAUUUAAAUUUUAAAAAUGUACAAAUCUGAAUUUUUAAGUCUGAAAAUGUAUGGAUCUGAUUUUUUUUUUUAAUCUGAAAAUGUAUGGAUCUGAAAUUUAACAUCUAAAAAAUGCAGCCCCUGCCAUCUGUUGCACCAUUUAAGGUGGAACGAGAAAGCUAGCUAGCUAACUACUGAGAAAAACUACUAGCGAUCUUUUUUAUGCUUGUACACACAAAAACUCACCAGUCAGGCAGCCUAUUAUUGUGAAUUAGUUUCACAUUGAAGGACAGCCUUUAAAUAAGCUUUUUAAUAUGAUAUGGCACAAUAUCUGUCUCAUUUGCAGCCGCAACUCCAUGAUAGUUAGUUAACUAUUACAAUAAUCCAGCAUGAGCUCCGUUUUACACUAAGCAAAGCAUAACACCUUCAGCACAGCGCUGAGAAGGGGUUAGACAUCCAUGGCCCCGCCCCGGAGUGAAAAUCAUGAAUCUGAUUGGUUAGAUUGUCCUGCGACUUUGCUAAUAGAUUCAUUACUUCCACCUUCUCAAAAUCAGAAAAGGGUCACGC